GUUCUUACGUUCUGCCGCCCCGCACGGCGUCGGCUGAUCGUUCUCUCCCUCAAUUGUCUCAGUUUGUCCCCUCCUGACCUUGCCUCGUCGUUUGAAUCGAAUUCGGCGCCUUCCCUUCCCCCCUCAGCAGAUGACCCGCCGCGUUCCGGGGCACGAGUAGGAUCAAUUGCCGGCGAAAUAAGCGCGUACCCAACACUGGGACCGUCUUUCUUAACAGCGUGCGGAGUACAUGCAUAAACAAUCAUCACAUAGUCAUAGUGCGAAGGUGAUCCCCUCAGCGUCGACAGCAGCUACACUACUCCGUAGGCUACCAGUAGGUAAUUGUAACCCCGGAUCAUGCGGCCGGGAUCGGUGGGUCUGGUGGAGGCGGGGAGCCAGGAACCGGCAGCGGAUGCAACACUAGCGGAGGUGGCCAUCGCCGGGGAUAGCCAUUCUUCUUUAUUAACGGCGCGCCCUCGCAGCGCCGGCCACAAACAUCAGCCCGAGAGUUCCGACAUCUUCUCAAAUUUCUGGUCAGCCAUGGCGCCGUGGAGGUCGGACAAGUCCAAGUCGGCAGUGUCGGCCGAAUACGCGGCCGUUGCCGGGGACGCCAAGGAGGACGAGGAUGAUAGCUCGGGUGCGCUUAGAAAUAGGGCAGGUCAGCAAAGGCCUGGGAUACCACGAGCAUGGCAGACAUGCAUCUUGGGCCUGGCCAUGGUGGCGGUAACAUUCCUUGUGGUCCGUGUCAGCGAGUCAACAGCGUCCCAUUGUUCUGAAUGGCUCAGGGCCAAGCGCAAUCCCUUUGCAAACUGGGGCAAACCGGGCACCGGCACAGAAGACCUGGCGUGGUACCCGACCGACUUUCUCCGGGACGUCUUGCCAAUUCCGUGCCACUCGCACAACGACUACUGGCGCAAGAUCCCCCUGUUCAACGCGCUCUACGCCGGCUGCACCGGGGUCGAAGCGGAUGUUUGGCUGCGAAACGGCGAUCUCCUCGUCGGGCAUGACAAAGCCUCGUUGCAACCGAACCGCACCUUCCAGAGCCUCUACGUCAAUCCCCUGGUCGAGAUUCUCACCCAUCAGAACCCGAAAACGCCGUUCUUCCGCGGCAAGAAUAACGGCGUCUUCGACACGACCCCCGACCAGCCGCUCGUCUUGCUCGUCGACAUCAAGAGCGACGGGCGCGAGACGUGGCCGUUGGUCUCGAAGCAGUUGGCCCCGCUGCGCGAGAGGGGCUGGCUCAGCUACUACGAGAAGGAACGGUUUCAUCGGCGCCCCAUCAUCGUCGUCGGGACGGGCAACGCGCCGUUUGACCUGGUCGUGGGGAACUCGAGCUAUCGGGAUACCUUCUUCGACGCACCGCUGGACAAGCUCGAGAAUUCGGGCUACAACUGGACCAACUCAUACUACGCGAGCGUCGACUUCUGGCGCGCUAUCGGGCCGGUGUGGUGGACGAGCGGGCCGAGCCAAUGGCAACUGGACAAGAUCCAGGCCCACCUCCGCGAGGCGAGGCGCAGGGGGCUGGUGUCGCGGUAUUGGAAGUUGCCGUCGUGGCCGAUACAUGUGAGGAAUAAAGUCUGGGAGGUGCUGGUCGAAGAGGGGAUCGGCAUGCUGAAUGUCGACGAUCUGGAUGCAGCCAGUAAACAGGAUUGGACAAAGCUGGAAGUAUUGGAGAAGGACGGGAUGAUUAAGUCUGCCACCCGCGAAGGCGAACAAGUCGCGGGGUGAGAGAGGGGGGGGAAGCUGUUGAG